AUGCUGACCCCCUUGGUUCUCGAGGCACCCUCAACCAUCCUUCAAGAGUCGAUAUCGCUCGUCUUUGUCGCAUUUUGCACCCUCUUUGGUCUCUGUCUUGUCCCGCGACGGAUUUCGUUCCGAACAUUCUGCGUCUUGACACAACCUUUGCUGGCGGGAUACUUUAUUUGUUUCAUAACGCUCUCCUGCAUCUUUGGAGUCGGAUUCUGGGCUCUCCUGAAGUGGGCCGUGGUCGUUGCCAAGAGCCCUACCGCAGUCGAGAUCAGCUACAUGAUUGUUCCGACCAUGCUGAGCAUGUGCAGUAUCUUGGCGCUGUGGAUCCUCGAGAGUUCCUUUGCACUAGUGGACUCGCACCUUAUUGCUCUUGCCGGGCAGCAUUCCCAGUCCGGGCUGAAUGGGAUAGGGCUCUUGAUGGUCCCAGAGGAGAGGUGUACCCUCGACUCGGAGAACAAAGGAAGGGAGUCCGUCGCAACCGCAGCGACUCGAAUUGCGACUGCAGAUGAACUAUGGACACCGCAGCAACAGGCUCAUGUGUGCGCCUUUGUGACAGCCGGAUUUGCGGGAAUCGAUAUGAUGCUCCGGUUGGCGUCCAUGUCUCAAUCACUGCAAGCCUAUCUCCUCAACGUAUUCAUGACCGUGGUUUUGGAGGUGCUCGCUCGCACAAAUCUCGGUCUCAAGUUGAUGGAGAAAGUCGGCCUGAUUCCGCCAUUUGUUAAGUAUCUGAAAAAGUCCAAUAUUCGGCCAAUUUUGAUUAUUAGUCUGGAUGUUUAUCGGCCAUAUCAUGCGGAGAAUCACAUCACCUAUGUCCAAUGUUUGCUCCGUCUGCCGGGAUAUGGAUCGGAUUAGUCGCCACUACCAUCGUCAGCUGGCUGGUUACGGAGCUGAUUGGAAUGUCGUUGGCUGUGAGAUGGCUGGGAAGUCCGGGAUACAGCUAUGUCUACUCAGGAUUCUGGCCGUCGGUGGCGCGCCACUUUUCUGCAGCCGGCUUCGCUUAUGGUGGAAUGCUCGUUGGAGCGAGUAUUGUGCUGCACUGGAGUGGUGCAAAUGGGUAAAUCGCAGUCAAGUAUCUGAUGUUCGCUUGAGAAAAUAGAUGUGGAGAGGAGUUGUCGGUCGAUUCAGUUGGCAUGAAUGCAAUGUGGAUG